UCUGGAGAGUAGGUGUGGAAAACACCAUUCCGUGGAUCUUUCCUGGAGCAAUGCUAAGUCGCCUGCCGAGGAAGGUGUAAAUCGGGUCGAGCUGGCAGCCAUGGCUGAUGAGUUCCUUCCGCCGUACUCCCCCCGCCCUCAUCCUCCAUACUUCACGGCCCCAUCGAAUCCACGCCAGUCAUCACCCCACCGCAGGACGAUUCAAAUUCAACCGGGCGAUUGCCUCGAGAUCGACGAGCAAGUGAGGGCAAUGGGAAUAGGGCGGUCGAACGAGAGGCAGGCAGCGCUGUUAGCCGAGUCCGCAACAGUCAUGUCCGCCGGCGAGCGCAUCUAUCUCGCGACAUCACUGAUCUCACUGGCUUUCUCCGUUGUGCGCCAUUUCGCCAUGUCCGUGAUGGUGGACAUCUGGAGUCCUGGUUUGUGCCCUACCGAGCUUCGAAAGAGGCUGGAUGCUCACACAGACCUAAGCCCACACACGCCCGGUCCAAGCCAGCUAUGGAAACGCCAACCAAGACAGAGAAUCCAAACGGCCAACGCACCUCCACGGCGAUCAACACCUCGAUGACUGGGCAGCCCCCAAUCAUGUGCGCACAGCAACUGGUGACACGGGCAGCCGAAACCACCACCGGAACGCGGCCCACGCAGGCGUCUUGCUGUUCCUCAUCGGUCUGUACGACCUUUGGGUGUCGC